CGACACAGAAACAGAACAAAAACAUGAACUACUUACUGGGAAAAGCUUAAAAGUCACCAGAAGAUUUAACAUUCGAUCGAAUCUAAAAAAAAAGAAUCAAAUUGAGUUCUUCUUCAGUCUCUCAACGAUGUAUCUGUCUCAACCCUCAUCACCAGUUCCCAACGCUUCCUCUAUGACACCAAAGCCGAGGAUGAUGAUACAGAAAUGCGAAAAUGGAUAUAAGAUGAGGAAGCUUAAUGAUGAUGAGGAAGACAAUGAAUCCUUACAGAUGGAGUCAAACAUCACACAUGCAGAGGCGAAUAAGCUUCUUGUAGUUUCUGAACCAGAAGCAGCAGCUUUGGUGCCUCAUGCAACUAAGCCUGAAACUGAAGAUGCUCAGAAAGUGUGUGCCAAAGAACAAUUGUAUAAGCUAUGUGGUGUGAGGCAUUGGAAAGCACCAUUGUAUAAAUUCACCAACGAAGACGAUACUAAAUUAUUUAGAGUCGAAGUCAAUGUUGAAAUCAAGGAAGUUUCUGGGAUAACGGUUCUGGAGUGUUUUGGUGAUCCACACCACAAGAAGAAAAUCGCAGCUGAGCAGGCAGCAGAAGUAGCGCUUUGGUUUCUCAAGAAUGUGGGUCAUACCCUUCAAACUGACAAAGCUUCUGGUCGUGAGGGUGGACAAAAAAGGCUUUAGAAACUGUUAACAUGACUUAAGUAGUCUAGUUUUUGUUCAUGUUAAUUUGGCUUCAGCUGGUUAACAUUUAAUAGAAGCUCUAUCUAGGGAGCUCAAACGGGUAAAACAUGCUCACCUCGUAUGAGAGACUGUUGUUUUCUAUCAAAGUUUGUGUACACGUAUCAUCUUUUCUGUAACAUUAGUAGUAAGUGAACUAUAAAGUAUGGUUUAUCUGGAAACAUGUGGCAGGUGGAAGCAUGAAUUUUAGUCA